CCAGGACAUUGGUAGACAUGGCGAUCAGGUGUUUUAGCCAUGCGUCUCUCAUGGACAUGCAGAAUGUCUCAUACGAAUACCACGACAUUAUGGUGAAGCUCUUUGACUAUGGCCUAGCAGUCGAAGACAUAAGAUCUGGCUCUGCAGCCUCUGCUGGAUCACCCUUUUGUGCCACAAGCUUUAUUCAAAGCACCAUGAAGCGCCUGACACUUGAGCAAAAGCUCGGAACUCUUGAAGUUUCAGAUACCAUCCAUGCCAUUCUUUGUCAAGAUGAGAAUGCUUUUCAGAAAGCAAUUGAGCGUUUUUCGGAUCAAAUAAACCAGCAAGACAACCAGGGAAUGGUAUCUUUACAUUUGUCUGCUACAUGGCCUGAAGGCAUUUUGAUCUUGUUGAAUGGAGGGGCGGAUUUGAAUGUGUGGAGCUCUACUGGGUAUAAACCUUUGCUAUAUACAUGUAUAUCGCAGAACUUCUCGUCGAAGUCGAUUUUGCUAGAUCAUGACAGUCUGUUGGGAGGUCCGUGGGAACCAAAUCUUUGUUUGGAGGAGGUUUCUCGGGGAAGAAUCGCGCCAUAAGGGAGAAGUUUAUCUUUCAUCUGGUUAAUAGGCGUAAGCGUUUGUUGGAC